UUGGUCCAUUGGAUCUCUCCUCCGUUUAUUAUUAUUCGUUUCUGCACUCUCUGCUUCGUCGUCUCUCUCUUCCCUCUUCCUGUUCAGAUCGAGAAGAAAGGCUUUAUUGGUGAAAGCACAAAAAUGGGUGUUGCACAAAACAACAUCGACACAGAUGAGGGAACUUUGGAGGUUGGCAUUGAAUAUAGAACUGUCUCCGGUGUUGCUGGACCCUUGGUUAUCCUUGAAAAAGUUAAGGGACCAAAAUAUCAGGAGAUUGUUAACAUUCGUUUGGGAGAUGGAACAACUCGACGUGGUCAAGUCCUUGAAGUAGAUGGUGAGAAAGCUGUUGUUCAGGUUUUUGAAGGAACAUCUGGAAUUGACAAUAAAUUUACCACCGUGCAAUUUACCGGGGAGGUUUUAAAAACUCCAGUCUCAUUGGACAUGCUUGGACGCAUUUUUAAUGGUUCUGGAAAACCAAUUGAUAAUGGCCCUCCUAUUUUGCCCGAGGCUUACUUGGAUAUAUCUGGGAGUUCUAUCAAUCCCAGUGAGAGAACAUAUCCUGAAGAAAUGAUUCAGACAGGGAUUUCUACCAUCGAUGUGAUGAACUCCAUUGCUAGAGGACAAAAGAUCCCACUUUUCUCUGCUGCCGGUCUUCCCCAUAGUGAAAUUGCUGCUCAGAUUUGUCGUCAGGCUGGUUUGGUCAAGCGGCUGGAGAAAUCUGAUAAUCUUCUUGAGGAUCAAGAAGAGGACAACUUUGCUAUUGUUUUUGCUGCUAUGGGUGUCAACAUGGAAACUGCACAAUUUUUCAAACGUGAUUUUGAGGAAAAUGGCUCAAUGGAGAGAGUGACCCUUUUCCUGAAUCUGGCAAAUGACCCUACAAUUGAACGUAUUAUCACCCCUCGUAUUGCUCUUACAACUGCUGAGUAUUUGGCAUAUGAAUGUGGGAAGCACGUUCUUGUCAUCCUUACGGAUAUGAGUUCUUAUGCUGACACUCUUCGUGAGGUGUCUGCUGCUAGGGAAGAAGUGCCUGGUAGGCGUGGGUAUCCUGGCUAUAUGUAUACCGAUCUUGCGACCAUCUAUGAACGUGCAGGACGAAUUGAAGGGAGAAAAGGUUCCAUCACACAGAUUCCGAUCUUAACUAUGCCAAAUGAUGAUAUUACGCAUCCGACUCCCGAUCUUACUGGAUAUAUUACGGAGGGGCAGAUAUAUAUUGACAGGCAACUCCACAAUAGACAGAUAUACCCACCAAUCAAUGUCCUGCCAUCCCUAUCUCGUCUGAUGAAGAGUGCCAUUGGUGAGGGAAUGACCCGCAGGGAUCACGCCGAUGUAUCCAACCAGCUUUAUGCAAACUAUGCUAUUGGUAAGGAUGUCCAGGCAAUGAAAGCUGUGGUGGGAGAAGAAGCACUUUCUUCUGAGGAUCUGCUAUACCUGGAGUUCUUGGACAAAUUUGAGAGGAAGUUUGUGGCCCAAGGAGCCUACGACACAAGGAACAUCUUCCAGUCCCUUGAUUUGGCUUGGACACUGCUUCGCAUAUUCCCCCGAGAGCUUCUCCACCGUAUUCCUGCAAAGACCCUUGACCAGUACUACAGCCGAGAUGCAGCUAACUGAUGGACCCAAAAUCAUGAAAUAGACACAAUUCUGCUUCCUGAUUAGCUGCGGAUGAGCUCUGCGAUUUAUUUAUUUAUUUGUUUUCCAUUAGUAGAUUGCAAUCUCCCUUUUUAUCCAGUAUAAAAAUAAUAAGAGGCCAUGGUCCAGUUGAGUCUCCACAAGCUUGUUGGCUAAGUCGAAUUGACACCAAGAUUCUUUAUGUGCGGACAUUUUAGAUGCUGUAAUUCUUGUAUUUUCUAUUCUCGUCCGUUUGUGUUAACCCCAGUUUGGUUUUGGGCGUGGCUUUUUUUAUGCUUCCGUGGAGUUUCAGGAACUUUUUGAAGGCAUUAUUUGUAGAGCCUUGUUGCCAUAUAUGCUGCCCCUUUGGUCAUAUUAUUUAUAUCUUGUAAUUUGAGACGUUUUGGAUCCUUAAUAUCGUCGGGAAAAGUGUUAUUUAAUAGUUCGUAGUGUCUCCAUA